CCGCACUUUUUUUGAGAUAUUAUAUGUGUUUUAAAGAAAACGCGCAUCAUCCUUAUCUAUUGAAAAUAGGAAUAUAAAAAAAACUAAAACUGUGUUAAUUUACAUAUUUCUGUGCUAAACAAACGAUAAAGCUAAUAAGCCAAACCUUUAUUGGAUAUGAGCCAUUGGUAUCGCAGUUAUGCGCCCGCUUGGUUUCAACGCUGGUGGAAUCCUCGCAGGCCUCUCAGUCCCUACACCACUACACGUCCUAUCGCUGAAAAUGCCCAAUCCUCAGCCAUUUUGAGCGUGGAACGAGUCGACCUUUGCCUGGACGACAAUCAUAGCGAACAUCAUACCAGCCACUUCUAUGCCGCUGCAGCCAAAGAAGCUUUGAUCGUGCGACGCGGCGAACCAUUCCGGCUACGCAUUCAUUUUAAUCGCGACUACAGCCCCAGUAAGGAUGCCAUUAGCUUUAUUUUUACAGUGGCGGAUGACCCCAAGCCCAGUCCAGGUCAUGGUACGCUGGUUGGCAUUGUGCCGCACGAUGGAAUUGACAACCUUGGAGGCCCGUUAGAGUGGGGUGCGGGCAUUGAGGUUCACGAUGGAGGCUCGGUGUCUAUUCUGAUCAAGCCUUCAAUUACGUGCCCAGUAACUAGUUGGAAGCUGGACAUAGACACGAAGCUGCUCGGCGAUGGUUCCAAGUCGCAUAGCGUAGCACUGCCCAUUUAUGUGCUCUUCAAUCCCUGGUGCCCGGACGAUCAAGUUUAUCUUGAAGAUCGGGAUCAGCGCAAGGAAUAUGUCAUGCAUGAUACGACGCUUAUUUGGCGAGGCUCGUAUAAUCGACUGCGCCCGUCAGUUUGGAAGAUUGGCCAGUUCGAGCGCCAUGUGCUCGACUGUAGUCUUCAGUUGCUCGGUACGGUUGGACGAAUACCUCCAGCCUAUAGAGGGGACCCAGUGAGGGUUGCACGAGCGCUGUCGGCCCUCGUGAACUCUGUAGACGAUGAUGGCGUUCUAUUGGGUAACUGGACGGAAGAUUUCUCGGGUGGUACCGCGCCUACAAAGUGGACCGGGUCAGUGGAAAUACUGCAGCAGUUCUAUAAAACGCAGAGACCAGUGAAGUAUGCACAGUGCUGGAACUUUAGCGGCGUUUUGACAACCAUAGCACGGUCCCUAGGCAUACCAUCGCGUAUCAUUACCUGCUAUUCCUCAGCCCAUGAUACCCAGGCAUCGCUUACAGUGGAUAUUUUCAUAGAUCAGAACAAUAAGAAACUGGAUGCUGAGACGACAGACUCCAUAUGGAACUACCAUGUGUGGAACGAGGUGUGGAUGCAGCGACCAGACUUGGGCGUUGGUCAGUUCGGGCCCUACGAUGGUUGGCAAGCGGUGGACGCAACACCGCAUGAGUCCUCGGACAAUAUGUAUCGCGUGGGACCAGCCUCAGUGGUGGCAGUGAAGAAUGGCGAGAUUGUACGGCCUUUCGACUGUGGUUUCGUCUACUCCGAAGUGAAUGCGGACAAGGUCUAUUGGCGCUACAACGGUCCCUCGCAACCCAUUAAAUUGCUGCGGAAGGAUACACUAGCAAUCGGACAUCUGAUAAGCACAAAAGCCGUCCUGAAGUGGGAACGAGAGGACAUCACACAGAGCUACAAAUAUGAGGAACGCACCGAGGAGGAGCGAAACACCAUGGUGAAAGCCCUGAAGCAGGCACGCCACGCUUUUAGCCGUUACUACCUCAAUGAUAACUUCAACGAGGUGGAGUUCGAUAUGGAACUAAAGGACGAUAUUAAGGUGGGCGAGAACUUUACAGUCGUCCUCAAAGUCACCAACAAAAGCAAGGAACGCGCACAUCAGAUAACCGGCCAUGUUAAUUGUGAUGCCGUCCUCUACACAGGCGUCAGCGCCGAAGAGGUCAAGUCAAUUGGCUUUGAGUUGGAGCUGAAGCCAGAAAGCUCCGAUUAUGUGCGGAUGGAAGUCACAUUCGAUGAAUACUACCAUAAGUUAUCAUCGCAGGCUGCUUUCCAGAUUUCCAGUUCGGCUUUGGUCGCAAAUACUGACUACGAAUACUAUGCCCAGGAUGAUUUCCGGGUGCGCAAGCCGGACAUUAAAUUCCAGUUUCAGGGCAGCAUAGUCUCCCAACAGGAGGUUGAUGUUAUCGUGCGUCUGACCAAUCCGCUACCCAUACCACUGCACAAGGGACUCUUCUCGAUUGAGGGGCCAGGUAUAGAGAAGCCGCUUAAAUUUAAGAUUGCUGAGAUACCAGUUGGUGGCACUGCAGCUUCCACAUUUAAAUAUGUACCGCCCUAUGCGGGUCGCGGCACUCUGCUGGCGAAAUUCAACUCAAAGGAGCUAGACGAUGUGGACGGCUACAUGCACUACGAGAUUGAACCCAGACCGGGUGAUAUUCUCCAUAGCAGCGGCACCAGUCGGAUGAGUAACAUCAUUAGACGCCGCACGGAUGUGAUUCCCUGAAAUGCUAACGAAUUUUGUGAAAAUGCCUAAAUUAUUUAAUAAUUAGAACUUAUGUUAUAAUGAUGUGGGCGGCAGAACCUUACCACCUGAUGAUAAUAAUUCUUCUAUAAAGUAUAUUCUAAGAAAAGUGUGUAUUAAUAAAUUAAAUAUUGCCAGAAAAUGCACUUAAAUAUAA